AUGAUUGAUGAAAUAGUCGAUCAAUUAAUUACAGAUGUAAUCACUUCUGACACAAAAUCACCUUCGAUUACAUCAUGUGUAUUUGAACUUAUGCAUGAUAUUCAUUCGACUGUUGUCAAAUCACCAUAUACUACUUCUAUUACUUCUAAUGCCACGAUCAUCACCACUUCUGUUGUUCCUAAUUCUACUGCUAAAAUGGAACAUGUUGCUAAGGGAAAAGCUAAUAGUAAUGUUAACAAUCGUAUUCGUGAAACAAUUGUUCAUCCUAAGAAACAGUUGACUCCAUCAGAAACUAUUGAACAUAAAUCUCUUGUCGUCAAUGAUGGAUUGAAAUGA